GGCUCCAGCUGUGCCCGGCUCCCAGAUGUGCCCGUGGGACUCCCGCCUAUAGACUCGUCCCACCUGCAGACUCGUCCCACCAGAUCAACCAGUUUCACUUUCAGAAAUAGGAAGUUCGCCGGGAAGGGCCGGCGAGCGCCCAGACGUGCGCGAGGGACGCAGGACGGCGGCGUGAGCCGCCCGGCCGGCGGCAUGACCUCUGCAUCGUCCCUCCCUCCGGCCUCGAGAAGAGCGGUGGCAUAGACCACUGCAUCCACCGCAUCCGCCGGGGAUGGAGCAGUUUGUCCGGAAGCGUUUGACCUUCCUGACGUCCUUCUGGAACAAGCUCCGUCCCCGCUCCGUGCCGGAGAGCUGCUCGCUGGGGUAUCUUGGUUCUGAUUCCGUUUCGCUGCACUCGGAGCCGAACUCCGUUUCCUUCAUCCCCAAGUCUUCUCUCUUUAUCGCUUUAUACGCUUUCACAGCCCGGAGCGCAGAGGAACUGAGCGUAAGCGCAGGGGACAAACUUCGUGUCCUCAGAGAAGAAGGAGAGUAUGUCUUAGCCCGGCGGCUGCUGGGGGAACCGGCCAUGGGGUACGUUCCCGCUGCGUACGUGGCCAACCUCAGCCAGGGCACCUCCGCUCACCGGCCCUGGUACUUCAGCAAGAUCAGCCGAAACGAAGCCGAGCAGCUCCUCCUCUCGCCUCCCAACCAGCACGGCUCCUUCCUCGUCCGCGACAGUGAGAGCAGCAAGGGCGAAUACUCUCUCUCAGUGCGCAACCACACGAAGGUCAGCCACUUCCGAAUCUGCAAGAGCCCCGGGGGAAGCCUCUACAUCCAGAAGGGGCAUCCCUUCCCCGACAUGGAGGAGCUCCUCGCCUUCUACACCGAGCACUGGAAGGUCAUCCAGAGCCCCUUGCUGCAGCCCUGCAGCCCCGCGACCCCCCCCGAGAGGGACGGCUGGGAGCGCCCGCGCUGGGAGUUCACCCUGCGGAGGAAGCUGGGCGAGGGCUACUUUGGAGAGGUGUGGGAAGGACUGUGGAGGAACACGGUGCCGGUGGCCAUCAAGAUCAUAAAAGCUGACAUGAAGGCAGAAGACUUCACCAAGGAGAUUCAGAACCUGAAGCGCCUGAGGCAUGAGAAGCUGAUCCAGCUACACGCCGUCUGCUCGCUGGAUGAGCCCGUGUACAUCAUUACUGAGCUCAUGCGGAAAGGCAACCUCCACAGCUACCUCAACAGUCCUGAAGGGAAGUCCCUGGGCACCUCCCACCUGCUCAACAUCGCCUGCCAAGUAGCAGAUGGGAUGAGGUACCUGGAGGAGAAGCAUAUUGUCCACCGGGAUCUGGCGGCCAGAAACAUCCUGGUGGGAGAGGAACUCACCUGCAAAAUCGCUGAUUUUGGACUUGCGCGGCUCCUCAAGGAUGACAUUUAUUCCACCAGCAGCAGCACUAAAAUCCCGGUGAAGUGGACAGCCCCGGAGGCAGCCAACUACCGCACCUACUCCCUCAAGUCCGAUGUCUGGUCCUAUGGGAUUCUGCUCUACGAAGUCUUCACGUAUGGACAGAUCCCGUAUGAAGGAAUGACAAACCAAGAAACCGUACGGCAGAUCACCAGGGGCUACCGCCUUCCCCGGCCCAGCUCCUGCCCUCCCGAGAUCUACAGCAUCAUGCUGGAGUGCUGGAGUGGCAACACGGAGGAGCGUCCUACCUUCCUGGCCCUGCGGGAGAAGUUGGGCUUCAUCUACAGACGGCUGCUCAGCUCCCUCUCCUGAGGGACCUCUUCCCACCAUCCUUCCUGCACAAGCCCCUCCAGGCCCGCUCUUGCCAAGAAGCUCCUUCCUUCUGGUUUGCCCUCUGACAUGGCUCCAAGGAAAGCACAUCCCCCCAAAACCAGCCCAUGGUCCUUCUCGGUCAGGAUGCAGGGAGGUGGCUAAGGGAAAAGGCAACGAGUCGUGGAGAACUCGUUGCCAGCGCUUGGCUGUGUAGCAGUCUGGAAAAGCCCUGUGGUAGUGAAGGCAUCACCCAGAGUUUACAUCUUCAUUCAGCCAGUAGGGUGGGAGGUCCCUGCCGCUCCCCACGCCAACGUGAAGGUUUGCAGUUUGUGUUCAGUUGUGGCUCCGCUUGAUUUUUCUUGUAGUGAGUGUCCGGUGUAUUUAUCAAUAAACGCGUGUGCAUCCAUCCACGUGAGUCCUUGCAGGGCAUCGGUGGACGCUGCUCCCCUCCCUGCCCAGGAAGCAAUGUUUUGCAACCAGUCCCACUCUUGCAACCACAAAUAUAACCAUCUUCGUGUCUCUUUGGUCUCUGCUCAUCCAGGUGUGCAUUAAACCUUCGUGUGCGUCUGCCACCCCUAUCCCAGGCAACAGCCCAGCUUGCCCCGAGGACCCUGCACAGGCAGCUCCUGCCUGGGCUGCUCCGCUCUGGCUCCUUGCCUCGCUCACCGUCCUGUGGUUAUUCCAAGAAAAAUGCGUAUGUGGGUUCAAAUAUUUAAUGCCUCCUUUGCCCAGGUGCAGGCGGCAGAGGCAGCACUCGAUAAAACGCUGUUUUGCUCUUUAUCACGCCCAUGGUGCAAAGCCAAGAGGUGCUCCCACCACCCCCAGCUCCUCGCCGGUCCCAGGGUACGGCAAUACAGGGGGACCUUGAGCCUCUUGUGCCCCCCCAAAGCUAGAGGGAAGCAUUUGCUCCAGCCAAGUACCUUUUGCCCCCCU